AUGGCGGCGAUUUCCGCUGAUGUCGUCAAAAACACAGACAUUUUGCCUGACACGCAAAGCGCUGCCGACGACGUCGUCGUCCAGCUGAAGUCGACGAUGGCUCCCGUUGUCAGCAUGCAGGGCGACGACGACGAUUCUACCCACGCAGCUGACGACGUUGAUACCGUCGUCGUCGACCCUUCUAUACAAGGCAAGUACCUUUGCACUUUUUGGACGAGUUUUCUUCCAUGA